CGCAUCGUCCUGGAGUUCGGAUCCCGGCGAACUUCACGUUUCGGGAGGUGUGUUGCUUUGUUACAGUAUGUCUUCUUCCAAGGGUGAGAUGGAGCCAACAGGGACCUCCGGGAAAGAAUCACGAAAAGAUUCCACGAGGCGGUCGUCUACUGCCACGCAGGGGUGGUCGAACCAUUCGAGGUCGAAAUGGUUCAUCGACUGGUGUUGUGGAGACGCUUCCAACCUCACUGCGCAGCCAUGUGGUCCUGUCAUCUUCAUCGAUGACAGCAGAAGGCGUAAAGUGCUUGGUGCCAUCUUGCGGUGGGAGGACGCAAAGGGGGGCCGGCGACAUUUCUGUAUGCAGAAAGUUUAUGGCGCCAAGGGCAACGUCGUUGCCAAUUCAAAAGGGACGUUGUUGGACCUCAAAUUGUGUGAGGGGUUCGGAGCGGGUGCUGUGAACACCCCGUUCUACACAGAACUCGUUCUCGUGGGCAGUUUUGUUUUGGCGCGUGAAUUUUUCGACAUGUUGGAGGACAAAAACAUCGCUCUAGACGUCCUAUGCGACGUCAACCCAUCCCUGGAGCUGUCGUUGCCGUUGAAGCUGUGCAGCGGUUGCGAGUCAAGCGGGGCAGCGGCGGAGGGCGGUGAUCUGGGUUCUGGUCCCGCCACUCAGCUGCACCGUGGGGAGAGCCGAGGUCAGUUUGACGACAGCGAGGAUGAGGGGACUGCUCCGCCGUUGAGUGACACGUGGCGGUCUGUGUUGUCUAUUCCUGGGGUUCAGACUGAUGCUCCGGUUCAGCGAAAGAGUACGGGGCCUGCAGUACAGGUGGCGGCCUAUUCGGAGGUCGACUUGGAGGCGAGCGAGGGACAGGGUGUGGAGGAGGUGGACGCGGGAGGCCUGGGCUCGCAAGGAGCUCCGCAAAAGAGGAGGGGGGAUCAUCGAGACGAGUUCGCCGGUUCUACGAAGAAGUUAAAGAGCAAGGCCCCCAGAACUGCGGGGGAGAAACGCAAGGGGACCAAGGGGGAGCAGGGCCGGCAGGUUGCCAAACGACCGUCUUCGAGACAGAAGCAGCCUGAGUCUGGACCGUCUUCUCCACCGACAACAGGGACUCCCAUCGACGUCAACGCCGGGUACUUCCUCGAGUACAAAGACGGCGUUCGGACAAAGCGGGAGUUCGACAUUAGCCCUGCGCAGGUCGCCGACCUCGGGGACUGGGAGGACCUGUACAACCAGCGGUCCCUGGAUCCCAUGCUCGUGGAAGGGAUCAAAGAAGCGAUGCGGUUGGAGUUCGAAAACAAAGCGCAGUCUUACGAUUUACCAACCCUGAAACUGGCGUCGCUGGGGCUUGAUAAACCGACUCCGGGGACCAAGGCAGAACGUCUGAGGCCGGAGGAUUGGAGGGAUGAGCUGGCGGGACAAUACUACUGCUACGCGGUGUGUGGGCAGCACAACGCGGCUGCAGCGAGGUCGCUGCUCAGCAGCGAGGUGGCCAGGAAAUAUAAUUUCGAGCGGUGGCCUGCACGAAUGGUCUACUUUUCGGACGAUGACUUCGAAGGGUACUUCCUUGUCAGUUCCCAGGACAACAAGAAGGAACUGAAGGCGCCCCCACGACAGCUGAAGCUGUCAAUGAGGGACAUUAGGUGGCAGUGGAAGCGCGCCGGUUGCCCGCGUGCUGUUAUGGGGAACCCCAUCGGAAAACAGGAUCAGGUCCGGAAGUGGCGUGAAUUUUGUAAUGUCGCACUCAACAUGACACCGCACAACAACUUGUGGAUUCUCGCAGAUCAGCAGGGCGAGGAGGCCAUCAGGAAACAAGGCGCUGCCCUGCGUUCCUAUUUCCCGCUGGCGAUGGCAGGGGAGAACGUYUGGAAACUGGCCGUCGASUUUUUCGAGAAAUGGGAGACAGGCAGAUUGCUCGGASACGACGRCGCRAAGUGGAUCAUGCGGAAGAAGAAAGUCAAAAACGUGAAGCCUGGGGUUACAUACAUCCAUAAUGACAAGCUGGGCAGGAAGGAGGUCGUGUACAACGUCCCUGUGGACCUGCCGACAAAGAAAGGCAAAAAGGAGAAAGAGGAGGGCGAGUGGUUCAUGCAAGUGCCAGAGCCGGACUCGCAUUGUUGGAAAACGAUGGAGUCGCUGACAGACAACGAGAAGUGUCGCGUCCUGAAGAAGGUGCUCGCUUGCGAGGUGGUUUGGGUACAGGCCGGCUCCCCAGCGUUGGCGAAGCUCGAAAAGCUGAGCGUCCACGAGGUGGUGAAUUUGGUGAAGUGUGACUGGGUGCUGGUGCGUCUGUGGAACUACUACCAGUUCAAGCACGACAAAAGGCCGGACGCGGAUUGGAGCCAGAGGUUCCCGUUCCUGAAAUCAAGGUCCGCAAUUUUCAGACAGUUUGAAAGUCGUGGUUUGGAUGCUGAGUUGUGGGACGGGAGCACGAAAUACGUCACUGACUCCUCGCUGUUCAAGGACUGCCCACCCUACAUGGGCUGCGACGACGACAGAUCGAUCGAGGCGACGGAGAAGCUGGCCGGUCACAAGAAGCUGCCCGUCGACUGGAGGAAUAAGGUCCUGUCCGUGUUGACUGGCAGUAGACUGAAGAGUCGAGAUAUCGCGCUCGCCGAAGGCAUUGUGCACAUAAAAUGGAAUGACACGGGCAACGUGACAUCCAUCGCGCCAUUCGGCAACGACCCCUUGGAGGCAGACAUAAGGAGUGCGGAGGUGAAGGAGGCAGUGGUUGCCACAAAGAGUCACACGUUCGUCCUCGAUCUGUGCGAACCAAACCUCUCCUUUCUGGCCAGCAUGAACCAUCUUUCUUUUGUCAAGCUGCUGGAAGGGAAGUGGGUGAGGAGGAGUCAACAGAAGAAAAGUUUCCCCGUCGAGAACAAUUUGUACACGGAAGACGACCGGAUGUACAUACUCUUCAAAGACGACGAUUUGCGGGCCAACACGUCCGUCGUCUACGAGGGGAAACUGUCGGCAGGCGCCGCUGCUGCAGUGCGGGUACCACAGAAGGUUACGCAAACGGAUGUGUCCGACAUCCCGUUCAACGCUUGCGUUUGGUCGCAUACCUCGCCUGCACGUCGGGGCAUUGUGUACGGGGACAUGGAACGCAACCCCGCCCAAUUCGUUCAGCUUCUCGAAUCCGUCACCAAGAAGGGGGAGGGUGUCGUCUUCCUCGGAAAGCCACACGCGCGGUCAGUCUGGGAAGUACUGAAGGCAGGACGACACGUCAUCGCGAUGGAAGGGAACUCCGAGCUCUUGCAAUUUACAAUUGAUCUCGUCAAAAGUGAGGUCAAUUCGGGUGCCCACAAUUGUGAGGUUAUGGUCGUCACCGAGAUUCGGGCUCGCGUGUGGAACAACAAGACGGACAUGUGGUUCAAGUUGAGUGCGAGGAAGCGGAACAAGAUAUACGACUUCUUGUUCCUGCAAACGCGGCCGAAGAGAGACACCGACGCCGAGUACGUGCGCCGCAAGGACCACAUGUUCACGUUGCUCGACAACUACCAUGGUGCCUUCUGCAUGAACGCGAAGACCUUCCUCGAGAGGUUGCAGUCCCUUUACUUCGUGGAGUCAGAGGAGGAGCUGACGUUCGGCAGUUACUCCUCCUUGAUCUCCACGGAAGAUGAGGAGACCACCAGCAUCGAGUUCGACGCGACCGUAGACGAGGAGGGCAGCGACACCGAAAGCCUCGACCUGCAGUACGACCAACAUUCCGCGCAGCACGCUACAGGGUCGUCCUUGGCAGGUCCAUCGACAAGCCCAGCGUCCCUCGUGUUACCGAUGGCGAAACCGGCGCCUGGCACUACCCCGAUGAAGUUGCUGCAGAGAAUGCAAGCUCUGGCCUCCGGCCAUCGCUCACCGCGUCCUGGGUCUGACAUCCCACCCGAUCAUCUGUCUUGGACGAAUGCCAACAUUCACUUCCUGCCUGAGCCUCAAAGUCGUUCCACGGAGGCGGACUGGGGCCAUGACAUGAUUUGGCAUCCAGGAGUCAUCCAGCCGGCGAUCCAAAAGGGUGAGUGGAUCGUGGCGGUCGCUGUCCCAGAGGGAGGAUGGAUGCCACUCCCUCGCGGGUCGAAGUCUGACUUCCUCGACAUCGCUAGAAUUGCAGUCCUCCAGAAAGUGAGGGCCGAGAAUGGCUCUUUCGCACGCGAAGACGUGUCUGUCAUUUCCACAACCGGGCGAUUGUUCACCGAACUUCAGGACAAGUGCUGGUUGGAGCUGACGGAGGACUACUACGACCUCGACAUGAGCCCCUCGAAAGGAAGGGUGGACUGGAAAAUCCCCCCUCCCAGUGGGAUGCAUGAGGGGGAAAAAGGUGAACUCGAUACAGGAGACGACGAACGGACUUUCGGCGACGACGAUGACAGAUCUGGGGAGUCUUCUGACGGAUCCGGGCAGCUGUACGGAGAACACCGCGAGGAAGACGACGACGAUGAUGACACGACACUGGGUAUGGAGGCACAGGUGGUCACAAGCCUUUCGGCAGAACGUGAUGACUAUGAGGUCUAAGCAAUGACGUCUGUCGUUGAUCUCCAACACCGGUUCAACGAAACUC